CUUCGGUUUGUUUGUUCUCCACAACGGUCAGAUAUUGUUCUGAAACUGACUUUUUGGCUAUGUUUUAGAUAAUUACCUCCUUAGAGCGAUCACUGAUCCUCAUUAUUUAGAUCAUUAUUUGGUUCACCAAUCCCCUUUUCUGUAAUGGAAUACAGUCCUCGGUCCACAGCAUCGUCCAUUCCGUAUGAUUCCACCACAUCACACACCAUGUCAAUGGCAGCUGAGGUUAAAGCUCAACACAGGCAACUAUUUAACCCUGUUACACCUGAUGUUUCACCACCUCCACAGAUGAGUAAUGGGGGACUUCGCAUGAAGGGUAAAGAAACUGGGUCAGUGUUGGAGGUAGGCAAUGUGACAAAUGCAGAUAUUCAGGAAAUGGAGCAAGUGAGAGAACAUCUGCAACUGAUGCUGCAGAACUGUAAAGGAUAUACAGAUCAGAGUGAUAAUGAACAAACUCCAAGAACAACCACAGACUAUGAAAUACAAGAAAAUGAAAGCGACAAAGAGUCCACCAUAAGUGUGGAAACAACAUCCUUGUUGCGAAGACUUCUUCCAAAUUCUUCCCCACUUUCUGAAAUUCAGGUUAAUUUUCAAACUCCUGAGCAAGGUGUUUUGUCUCAUGAUCAACAUACCAGGCAGAUGGUGUCAUUCACUUGUGACAGGAGGUUGAAUGCAAUUCCUACCAGUAAAGUUACCAAUGAGAAAACACUACUGUCUGAAAAUUCUUUGCUUAGAGAUCAGGUGGAGAAAGAGCGGUUUAGAAGAAAGCACUGUGAACAACAAAUACAGGAACUUCAUGGGAAGCUACUGGAAGUUCAGCAGCAGCUAGCUUUUGCCGUGUCUGCUGAGAGAAAAAAAGAUGCUAUGAUUGAACAACUUGACAAGACGUUAGCUAAAGUUGUAGAUGGAUGGAAAAAACAUGAAAGUGAGAAGGUAUCCAUAAUCAACCAACUCAAAAUAGAACGGGAAACUGCAGAGCAGUCUCAGGAAAGACAACAGGAGAUGUUGCUCCAGUUUGAGAAAGAGCUGGCACAAGCUGUCGAGGCUUUGACUAAAGAACAGGAAAAAGCAGCUCAGGCUGAAAGUGAAAAACAAUUGCAGCUCAAGCAACAAAAGGAGGAAAGACAAAAGUUGCUAGAGUGUUUGUCAAAUGAGAAAGAAACCGUGUCACGAAUGGAACAGGAGAAAAUUCAACUCAGAAAAGAAAAAGAAGAUACCGAAGAGAAAUAUGUUCAGACAGAUGAAGCUCUGAAGGAGCACAUAAGAAUCCUUGAAGAGCUUCAAUCAAAAGUGAGCAGCCUGGAGGCAGAACAUAAUGAUUCAAUGGCCAAAGAGAAGGAAAAACUACAAAAAGAAAUACAGAAUACCAAGGAUAAUCAAGCUGUACUCUCCUCAGUUCAGAUAGAAGUACAGCGUCUUGAAAUGGAGCUUGAUACAAGCAAGAGAGAAAAGGAGAGUUUGAAGAUGGAAUUACGUUUGAUGGAAGCCAAACAUGAAGCAAAUAGGACCAAAGAAGAGACAGAAAGGCAAGCUGACCUGGAAAGAGAGAUGACUCAGCGACUUGAAGAGAUUCAUGAACAAAUGUCAAAAACAGAAUCAGAAUUAAGGGAAUCACACAGGAAACAGCUUCUGGAGAUGAGCAAGAAACACAAAGAAGAACUUGAACAGCAGUUGGCCAAAUUUCAUGAGGAGUUGAAGAAAAAAGAAAUCAAGGUGAAGUCUACUACUGAUGAAUAUGAAGAAAGAAUCAGUGCUUUUCAAGAAAAGAUGGCUUCUCUCUCUAACUCAAGGCUUUACAUGGAGAAAGAAAGACAGAUGCUCUCUGUGCGGCUACAACAGAUGAUGCAGUCUCACUGCAAGGAUGCCAUCAAGUUGUUGAAUUCCAGUACAGUUUCACUCUCUCCUCCAUCUAGAACACAAGAGCUUGUUCACAAUUACAGCUCCUUUGUGAAGAAUGCUGAAGAGGAAAACUUUGACUGGGAAAAAGACCCAGGCUACCAGCCUGGUAAAGUACCAAUCACAGCUUUGCCUUUUCCAUCCUCGCAGCUACAGAAACACCAACACAAGAUACCUGACAAAAUCUCAGCAAGUUACACAACUCAGAAACCAGUGUAUAAUGGCAGCCAUGACAGUGUUAAGGCUGAGAGUGGCAUUUACUCAGGGAGUUAUCUCAGCGUCAGUGGAGACAUGGUUAGGCAUGGAUCACUAUCACAUGACCAGUCUUUAAAUCCAGGGUUUUUUCCUCUUCAUACUGUCAAUGAUGAUAGGAGUGUAAUUGAGGGACAGUCUGUGAUCAAUGGAGAUACUUGUGAGGGAGAAGAAACACUCCUUGAACAAGAACUAGAGACAGACAACACACUACUAUCAGUUUUUAAUCAAGACCACCAUCUUCAAAGGAACAUCUCCCCUGCAGCUGUGACUGAUGAUACUAUAACAGAGAAACUUAAGCAACAGGAAUCACGCCAGGCAGAAUUAAACCACUAUGUGAAAAUGCUUUUGCAAAGAUCACCUACAGAUCAACCUUAUGAGCAGGAUAAACACGAGCUCCCUGAUAGACUUAUGCUGAUUCCUUCCUCCAGUGAUUUGCAAGAGAGAUACUCUAACUCUUCCUCAGGAGUAAUUUCUCCCAUUCAUUCAGAUGAUCAGUUUGAACAAAGACAUGGGAUGUCCUCACACCACCAUCCAUUUAAAGACUCAAGUUCACUUUCCCAUCAGGUACUCCACUCGGAAUUUAAACAUAAAGCACACCAAACACAAGCUGCUUUCACAAAAACCACAGUCACUCCCGGUGUAUUUAGCAUUCCAGGCCAAGCAAGGGAAGAUGUUGGUUUUACAAGCCAGGUACCAUCCCAUGUACCAUACACUCAAUUAGGUCAAGUUGCACCUCACACACCACCGCGGAGAGAACAAGACAGUGAUGACCACCCUCCUCUCCACCCUCCCCACCCAGGAACAUUAACUCCUCACCAAAUAACUCAGUUGUCCAGAAUGCUUGGACUAUUCUCAGAACCUGGUCAGCCACAAAUUACAGCUGAACAACUCUUUGCUUACCUCAGAAGAGUGCAAAACAACCCACCAGGUAACAGCCACUCAACAUCAUCAACAUCAAACCCAGUCAGCACAAAGGCCCACAGCACACAUGAGCACCAUGUACCAGGGCCUGGACAUAGUGUAACAAACUCUCCUCCCCAGGCUCCACAAAAACAACACUUGAUAACCAACAAGGCUAGAAGAAGUCUGGAUUCUAACUUUCACAAGAGACAGGGUUCUUCUGUUAGUGGUCAUCCUAUUAAUCCACCAGGAAGCCUGGUUACAAAAUCUGCUGAGCAGCCAGGCCAGACCAGAGCUCACAAACAGCCUGUGAAACAAGUGUCAAGCCAUGUGGGACCCCCCGCUAGGAACCCAACUGGACUGAACGAUGGAACUAAAUCAGCACCAAAAGGAGGACAACAAGGCAAAGAACCUAAGGCCAAAUCUGCUCCUGCUUCAAAACAGAUCAAGAUCAAUGCUUGGAGAUAGCUAAUAUUUAUUAUGUUAUUUAUUUUCUCACUUAUCAAUAUGUUUUACAAAGCAAAGCAACUAUACCCUUAUUUUACAAUACAACAUCAUCUGAGAUAUCUUGUGAUUAAAGCAGUAGCUUUUCAUUUCUUGUUUCAGAUAUUCUUACUGAAACAAACUAUUGGCAUCACAAAUUGCUAAUGGCAGGAUUAAAAAAGGAAUAAUGAACAGAAACUAAUGAAUAGAAACUAAUGAGAAAAAUAAUAUUACUUGAUUACCUUGAAUAAAAUUCAUAAAACUGUGAGCCCCAGAUAUAUUUCUAGAAUAAUGUCUCAAAAAAGGUAAAUCACACCAGGGAUAGACAAACUAAACACAAAAAUAAAAUUACUGCAGUUGAA